CUGUUCUCACUGGACGCUACCGUGGCCAUUUCGGGCGGCGGCGCGACGCUGGCAAUCGGCAUGGCGGGCGGCCUGCUCGGCGCCGGAGCACGCGUCGCGGUGUGGAGUCGCCGGCCCGAGACGGUCGACCGCGCCCUGGACGCCCUGAACGCUCCCGAACGGACGAUCGGCGUCGUCGCCGACGCCGGUUCGCCGGAUGCGAUCAGGCAUGCACUGCAGGAGACCGAGGAGCGUCUGGGUUGCCCGAGCGUCCUGAUCAACGCGGUCGGCGGCAACUUGAGCAAAGGCCCGUUUACCGAGAUCGACAUCGACGUCUUCCGGCAGACGAUCGAGCUCAACCUGGUUGCCGGCUGCCUGGUGCCCACCAAGGUGGUCGCCGCGUACUGGAUCGAUCGCGGGCUGCCGGGAUCGAUCAUCAACAUAGCGUCCAUGUCCUCAUACAAGCCGCUCUCCGGAGUAUGGGCCUACGGAGCGGCGAAGGCGGGCGUGAUAAACCUCACGGAGGCGACCGCCAAGGAGUUUGCCCCCCACAAGAUCCGCGUGAACGCCAUCGCUCCCGGGUUCUUCCUGGCCGAACAGAACCGAAGACUGCUGGUCGACGAAGCGAGCGGCCAGCCUACCGAGCGUGGCCGGCAGGUUCUCAGCCGCACCCCAUUCGCGCGCUUCGGCGAGCCGGAGGAGCUGGCCGGCGCGGCGAUUUUCCUCGCAAGCGAGGCUGCCGCCGGGUUCGUGACGGGGGCGACCAUACCGGUCGACGGCGGCUUUCUCGUGGACAGCAUCUGA